GAGUGAGGUGCCCCCAUUAUAGCCCUUCCCCUGGUUGCUCCUUAACCCCAUCAUUCCCAGGAGGGCCUCACCCCUGGGCACCUGAAGAAGGCCAAGCUGAUGUUCUUCUACACUCGCUACCCCAGUUCCGGGACGCUCAAGACCUAUUUCUCCGACGUCAAGUUCAAUCGCUGCAUCACGUCCCAGCUCAUCAAGUGGUUCAGCAACUUCCGGGAGUUCUUCUACAUCCAGAUGGAGAAGUUCUCACGCCAGGCAUUGAGCGAUGGGGUGCUCAGCGUCGAGAUGCUGACUGUCACCCGGGACUCGGAGCUGGCACGUGUCCUCAACCAGCACUACAACAAAGCCAAUGACUACGAGAUCCCCAGCAAGUUCCUGGAGGUCUCCCAGAUCACCCUGCGUGAAUUCUUUAGUGCCAUCUCCCGGGGCUGUGAUGCUGACCCCUCCUGGAAGAAAUCCAUCUACAAGCCCCAAUCCCUGCAGGAAAGAGUGGGAGACACCUAGGACCCGCAAGCUGGGAGCUGCCAUCGCUGCGAGGCUGCUGCUACUCCAUCGGGGCCGGGAGCUGACCCCAUAGUCUUGGGACAGAGACCAAAGGAAUUGCAUGUAUUUCCACGGGACAGGUCAAUAGGAGAACAGCAGGAGGUGGUAAAGGAAAUUCACCCCGGCAGCCUGUAACAUCUCUAGAGGAGACACCCCCUGGAGCACUGCGCGUACACGAGAUCGAACUGGAUUCUCGAGGGCACAACAGACAAAGAAAGCAGUUUUGGAUAAAUAGCCUGGUUUUAACCUGACUCAAGGCCUUCUUCCUGAUCCAGCAAACAGCCAGCAUGGAUUUUUCUGGUCCUGCUUGCAGGCAGGGGGCUCAGAGGCAGUGAAGCGUGGAUCUGGGCCUUGCAGCAGUCAGUCUGCAGAAAGCCAGCCUGGAGUAAGCAUCUUUUCCCUAGGACACUCCAAGUGCUUUACACCCCUGAACAGUUCAAACACUGGGGACCCCCACACUACCCAGGAGGUGCACGGCAAACCCGGAGUCCUCUUCUCCCGGACGCCACAGAUGCUCUUGGAAAGUCCUGUGGAUCAUGUGAUCAGCUAACUAACUAUGAUGGGCCUCAUCCUCAGUUAUGCCACCCUGAAGUUCGACUGCUCUGGGGUGUAGAUGGGCUCCUGGGGAUUCCCCCCCUCAAAGGGGGAGGGGCCUUCCCAAGGGGUGUAGAACUGGUGUAAGGGGAGUGCACUGCGCCCUGGCUACUCUAUCCCACUGCAGGCCAUGGGAAGGCUGCUCCAGUUCAUGCUGUGGAGGGCAAAGAUUAAGGCCCUGUCUACACUCAAACCAAAUCCAUCCCCUCCCAGUUAAGCUGACCUCACCCCCUGGCAUAGACAUGGACGUAGCUACUGCUUCUCUGGGAGGCAGAUUAACUGAGAGACCCUCCUGUCGCUGCAGCAAAUGUCUACACCAAAGCGCUACGGCUCGGCCAUUGUAGCAUGUCAAGUGUAGGCAAGACCCUAAAGCCACCUUCUCCCUGUCUCAAAUGCAGGGACAGUGCAACUGAGAAAUCGGUUUUAAAGAGUGGGGAGACAGUAACUGGGCCUCAGGACACCUGGGUUCUGUUCCCACCUCUACCACUGACCUGCUGUGUGAUGACUAGAGCAAGUCAUUUGAUCACUUGCUGCCUCAGUUUCCCCUCCCACCCUGUGUCUGUUUAGGCUGUGAGCUCUUCAGGUCAGGGACUGUGGGUCUGUCCAGCAUGAUAGGGGCCCCGAGCUCCGUUCAGCUCCUAGGAGCUACCAGAAUACAAAUAAUAAAUGUGCUCUCAGGACAGAGUUAUGUUAUCUGAGGCCAUUCCCUAGCUUUUAACUCUGCAGCCUUCAUGCAAGGGGCGGUCUGGUAUUGCCUUGGCUGGUUGGUCGUUUCAAAGAAAAAAGUUUUCCCAGAUCCUGGAAUUAUUUGGCUCAACAGCCCUGAACUAGCGUGUGCAGUGUGACAGACGGGCACUGAGGGUGGCACUGCCCACUCCAUGAGGUGGGGGGAACCUCCUGCAUUGGUGUAGACUGCACACUAUGCAAGGGACGUCUCCCAUGUGCCAAGAUGCAGCCACAUCUGGGCUGGGGCAUAGGGACUGUUUGAACAAUCACAGCAAUGGUGCAUAAGAGUCCAGGGCAGGAAGGCAGCUGGCAUGGUGUGACGUGAGGGGCUGUCUCUGCUUUGUGCUGUGCAGAGGUUAAUACGCUGAUCACUCUGGCCUGCCCUAGGGCCCUGGUGAAAAUAACAUCAUGAGGGAGACAGUCAUAGUUUGGAGAGCAGCCCUGGUGUGGGGGUGGGACUGAGUCAGACCCACUGAGGUGAGUGACAACCCCUCCCCCACACACCUUGUUUCUCCUGUUAGCCAGAUCCUUCUCCAGGCCUGCUGCGCCUCCUGCAUCAGUUACAGCCCCCCAGCUCAGCGAUCCGUGCUCCUCGCUAGCUGGGGCUGUUUAUAACAGGGAUCCCUCGCUCUGGUAGCCGCGCUGGGGUGGGUUUAUUGAGCUAG